AUGUUGAACCAGGGGUACCUUAAGGAACUCCUUAGCGAUAAAGAAAAGGCCAACUUCUCCAGAGGACGUGACCACUCACAAGGACCUCCGAAACCACCAUCGCUGGCACGCACCAUACAGAUGAUUAUCGGCAGCGGCGAUAAGUCGGUGAUCAACAAUGUGAAGUUCACCACCACGCAUAAACUCAAAUGCACGGUCGCUCACGAACGGUAUGACGACUUCGAAGACAGUAUCAUCUUCGAAAAGUUAGAUGCCGGCGGUUUGUCUUUCCCUCAUUAUGAUGCUUUAGUUAUAACUUUACGCAUUGCUGCUACAGAUGUAAAAAGAAUCAUGGUAGACGAUGGAAGCGGGGCGUGUAUUAUCCACCGAGAGUUCUCGUGCAAAUGA